CUCAAGGGCAAAAUGAGGAAGAAUUAGUCAUAGACGCAUGGCCCGCCUAGUGGGAUGAUUUGUGGACUCAGGCCAUGGCGCUCGCGACGGUGGAGCGACCGGCCUCCAACUUCACGCUGCAUCGCUCUGAAACAGUGGCCCACUCGGCGGGGCUGUUAGAUCGCAAACAUACGGCAGCGUCCUCCAGAGCGAGAGGACGCUCCGAAGGCUUUGCAUGCAAGCACAGCGAGAACUUCAAGCCCUUGGGCCUUCCGGUGCCGCCGGAGAGGGUCACAGAAAUGCACAACUCUAUCCUUGGGAAGGUCGCCCGGAUCGAGGCGGCCGUGGCCCUCAAUGCGGAUUCCCAACACCAAGACAAGCGGGACAAAGAGCGGAACCGACG